UAGCACUCAAACUAAUUCACUGCACCAACUGCGGGACGCUCCUGCAGACAUCAUCAUCGUCCUCUCGUUUGAGACGCGCUUAACCUGGAUUAUCGCCCGGUGGUGUCACACAGCUCCAAACCGGUUCACUUUAUCAUGAGAGUUUUUACUUGAACGGAGCAGAUUUUUUUGUCUUAUUUAUCUAGUGGGAGAAAAAAAUAAUAAUUUCAAAGUACGUCUUCAAUGCCAAAUUCAACAACGAUGAGCAAAAACGGGAUGGUGACAAAAAUCCACACGAGGAUAAGAGUCGAAGCGUUCGCGGCCAACUACGAGCUGGUUGGCAAAGAACUGGGCAGGGGAAAGUUUGCAGUGGUGAAGAAGUGCAUUGAGAAGGCGACAGGGAAGCAGUAUGCUGCCAAGUUCCUGCGAAAGCGGCGGAAGGGCGAAGACUGCCGCAUGGACAUCUUGAACGAGAUCGCCGUGCUGGAGUCAGCCAAGGCAAACCCCUAUGUGGUGGCACUGCAUGAGGUCUAUGAAACCAGCAGUGAAAUCAUCCUCGUUCUGGAGUGUGCCGCUGGUGGCGAAAUCUUCAACCAAUGCGUCGCAGAUAACGACGAGGCCUUCACAGAGAAAGAUGUGAUGCGGCUGGCAAAGCAGAUCCUGACUGGAGUGGCCUUCCUGCAUCGGAACAAUGUGGUGCAUCUUGACCUGAAACCCCAGAACAUCUUGCUGACCAGUGCCAGGCCUCUGGGGGACAUUCGUAUUGUGGAUUUUGGCUUAUCCAGACGCAUGGACAACAUCACAGAAGUCAGGGAGAUCCUGGGUACUCCAGAGUAUGUGGCACCAGAGAUCCUGAGCUAUGAACCCAUUAGCACUGCUACAGAUAUGUGGAGUAUCGGGGUCCUGACCUACGUCAUGCUGACGGGUGAAUCUCCCUUUCUGGGUGACGACAAGCAGGAGACAUUCCUCAACAUUUCCCAAGUCAACAUAGACUACUCGCAGGAUACGUUUGAGGGGAUCUCCUCCCUGGCUGUUGACUUCAUUAAGUCUUUGUUGUUGAAAAACCCCAGGAAGAGAGCCACAGCAGAAGAAUGCCUCAAUCACCCCUGGCUGAACUCCCAUCCCCUCUCUCACCCGCACCUCCACACCAGGUCAGCCUCUUCUUUGGAUGAGCCCGAAACAAGCCAGUCGGAGUCAGAGCCUGAGAGCCCAGCUCCUUCCCCCGAGCUGGACUUGAUCGAGUCGUAUCUCGAGUCGUAUCUCGAGGGCGAGCUCAAGACAGGUCGUGACACUUUCUCCUUCGGCGAACCUCCGUUCCCCACGCGACCCGAGAUACAGCAGGAGUUGAUCUGCUGAUCGAUGUUUGACAAAGUUGGGAGAGACUCAAUGAUUUCAAACUCCACGGAGCAGAUGCUGAAAGCCAGUGAGCCCACAGCUUUUUGGUCUUGAUCUAAACCAGGACCAUGCUCUAUGGCUGCUGUGUGCCUGGCUGCUUCUACUGCUGUGAUGCCUGUGAGCUGUGUGUAGUUUGAUACCUCUGUCUGUUUAAAUAAUACAUGCUACUCUGUGCUGAUUUGAGUGAUUGCACAGGAGAAAUAUGAGCAGGAUGAAGACGCCGGAGUAAAGAGUGGGAGAAGACACGUGAGGACUUUGUUGCAAGACUGCACUGCUGCCUUAAAAGUGACAGAACCAAACUGGGAUCAGCUUAACACUGGGGCUGGUUCACCCUUGCAUGCACACUGGUUUGUUUUUACCCAAUUAGCCUUUCAGACUGAGUUUCAGAAGAGAGGAAGCCUCCCGCUUCCUUCAGAAAUGACUUCACUCACUGUAUGCUCUCAUCAAAACAAGUUAUGCUUCAGCUGUCCCAGACAUACCUUCUGUGAUGAGUUUCGUUGAAGGAAGUAAAGGGUUUUGACAGAUGGUUCUGCUUAACAAAAGAAUUAAAGCAAUGGAGAGUACCUACGCUGAAGCUAGACGUGAACUGUUUGACUGUUUUCUGUGUUUAUUUAUGUGUGUGUUGUACCACUUCAGCCCCUUAAGUACUCAAAGCCACAUCAAUGCCUGAGUUUAGGAUGGAUAUGGUAGCAUUUUUGUUUUUAAGGACAAUCUUGAGCACUUUUUUUAUUUUGUUAUUGGACUUCCGUGUAAUAGUAAGAAACCAAAGUCUCAUCAAGCACAGUCAGCUCUCACACAAUGUACUGUACAUAUUAACCAUUCUCCAUCACACAGUGUUCUGUUUUCACAUGGCCUUUUUUCAUAAAGUGCCACUUUUUCAACCUCACUUCUUUGUUAAUAUUACAGUUCAAAGUUUUGCUUUCUUCACUUUGUUUUUGUUUUGGCCAUUGCACAAGUUGCACAUUUUCUUUUUGUACUUAACUGCAAGGUUGCCACUAGAUUUCAUGCUCUUCAAAUGUUGUGAAAAUAUCAGUCUCAGUAAAGAAGGAACCGCAGGGGUUGAAAGCAGUGAUUAAGUUCUGUUAUGUGAUUUGUGAUGCAUACGAUCUCAUGACGUGGUCAACUGAAGGCCCUGAUUUGCAUAAAUAUGGGAUGUUUACCUUCAGAUGCUUGGGAGCAGAGAAAUGAGUAAGAUUUUCUCAAAAAUACUGAAAUGUAUAUUGUGAGUUAGUAUUAAGAUUAAUCUGUAAAGACAAUUUGUUUUUUUUUUUUUUUUUUUUUUACCAGUCUGAGUGGUAGCAUCAUUAUAUCAUGACUUAUUUUGUAUGUUAACUUUUACUUAUUGCUAUUGUUUUUGUGCUCUUGAAUUUCAGGAAAGUUUGCACUUGUCCUUGUGGACGUUACAUUAAAAUGAAUAAAUGUGGAUGGCAUGCAUUGCAAAAUGUAACAAAGUAAAAUACGUGUGCAUUUUGUAUCAAA